AAUAGCUUACUCUUUUCUCAGUCUGUGGAUAGCAGACAUCCUAAUGGAAUAAUAAAAUGCAGCAAGCUAAUAACAUCAAGAUGCUCUAUCAUCUGUUUUUUGUGGUUUUUGGUUUUUAUGUGGUGGAUGCACAGAAACCCACAUGCCUUAUUGUUGCUCCAAAUGUAGUUCACCUGGGAGUGGAAGAGACUGUGGGUGUACAGCUUCAUGGAGCCACUAAAGAAAUGAGAAUGGAACUUAUACUUUGAAAACAGGAACAAUUCAGAAAUUCGGUCAGAAAAAAAUCUAUAAUCCUCAAUGAAAACAAUAACUACCAGGCUGUGGUAAAACUCAAGAUUGAUGCUACCACAUAUGGGGUUAUUGAAAAGAAUCCAUAUGUGCAACUUGCUGCCAUAAGCAAUGAUAUAUUUGAGGGACAACUUGCCAGAAAAGCCAACAUCUAUUUGUCAACAAAAAGAGGGUACAUAUUCGUCCAAACCGACAAGCCAAUAUAUAACCCAGGAGAAAAUGUCAAAUACAGAAUCUUUAUUCUAGACAACUACAUGUUACCCAUACAAGAUGAACUCCAUGUUCAAAUAACCAACUCAAAAGGCUUGAUUGUUUACACGGGUUUUGAUAUUAACCAAAUCUUGGAUAAAACUAUCACUAUACCAGAAGUUGAACGUAAAACAGGCAAAUGGAAAGUCAUUACAUCGUUUCAUAAAUUCCCAGAAUCGACCACAACAGUGGAGUUUGAGGUCAAAGAAUAUGUUUUGCCCACAUUUGAGGUGAAGAUUGAGGCUUCACAGCCUUACCAUAUUUUGAUGAGCGAGUCCUUUCCAUUCAACAUCUCUGCUAGAUAUACUUAUGGAAAGGGAGUCAAUGGGAUUGCAUAUGUUCGAUUUGGACUUGUUGAUGAAAAGGGCAUUAAGAUAUAUCUUCCAGGCACUGAAAAGCAGAUAACUGUAGAGGACGGCACUGCAGGAACAGCGGUACUUACUGAAGACUUAAAAACAGCAUCACAAAAUAUCACUCAAGGCCAUAUAGAAGGAUAUUAUUAUAUUGCAGUCUCAGUUUUGGACAAAGCAAGUGGCAUGCUGGAGGAAGCCGAGAGUUCCUCUGUGAAAAUUGUGACAUCUCCAUAUGUUGUUGAUCUGUCAAAAACCAAGAGGUAUUUCACCCCUGGUGGUGUGUUUUCUGUUUUGGCUACUGCAACUUAUCCAGAUGGAAACAGAGUCCCAAACCUGAAAUUUACAGCCACCAUAACAAUUGAUGGAUCAUCAGAGCAGAUUCUGCAAAAGGAGAGCUUUGGAAAUGAAAUGGGAGAUGUUGCCAUGUCUUUUCAAAUUCCACCACAAGCUAAGAACUUAGCUAUAACAGUAUUUGCUGAAGGUGGAGACCAAGUCGUAAUUCGUAGUGAUAAUAAGAUGACUGCCAGUGCAAUAAUAGCUGAAGAACAGAGCUAUCUUAGUUUGGAAGUAGAGAAACAGUUCUUACAAGCUGGUGAGGACUUGAAAGCCAGAUUGCGGGACAUCACCCCUGAGGGUGCAGCCAAACCGACUUUCUUUAUUUUAUGGUAUGUUUGGAGUAAGGGGCAAAUUGUGCAGAUUGGACGGGUGCCGAGAACUGCAUUCACAACGGUCAAUGUGAAAGUCAACGUGGAUAUGGUGCCCUCUUUUCGUAUGGUGGCAUACUAUUAUACAGGCUCCUCAUCAAAAGAAAGAAUAGUGGCUGAUUCUGUGUGGGUCGAUGUGAAAGAUGUCUGCAAAGGCAAUAUAGAAAUUAAUCCGCUGGCUGAGAUAAAACCUGCAACUCAGUUUGAGGUGACAGUCGAGACGAAUCCCAAGACUAAAGUGGCUCUUGUUGCGGUGGACUCUGCAGUUUAUAUUCUCAACAAAAACAAACUAAGCCUUCAAAAGAUGUUUGAUUAUAUGAACUCAUAUGACCUGGCCUGCUCUGUUGGAGGAGGAGAGGAUUCUAGUGCUGUUCUGCAGAGAGCCGGGCUAACUUUCAUUUGUAACUGUGAUCUUGAAAGCCCUAAACCCCUAGAGCAUAAGUGUAACAAAAAAACUACCAAUCGUGUCAGGAGAGCACCAGACUAUGCUAAAUACAAUGCAGUUGUUAACAGCUUUAAGAAUCAAGACAGGAAAUGCUGUUUAGAUGGUGUAAGGCCCAGCAAAAUGCAAACAUCCUGUGUCGAGCGUCUUAAAAGAGUAAAAGAAUCGGAGAGCUGCCGUAAGGCUUUUAAAGAGUGCUGCGAAGCUGCAGAUGAGAGGAGGAAGAGGGAAAAGUUUGAGAAGAGAAAAACCAGCCUUGGAAGAGUCGUUGGUGACUCAUUUGAUGAAGUUGUGAUUAAUGAGGAUUUGAUCUACAUCCGUAACUAUUUCCCACAGUCAUGGAUGUGGACAGUCAUUGAGUCAGAUAACAAUGGCUUAAUCAGGCAUGAAGUGGUUGCCCCUGAUUCCAUUACCACUUGGGAAGUCCAGGCUGUUGGCAUUUCUCCCACUAAAGGAUUUUGCAUUGCUGAGCCAAAGCCCUUGACAGUCUUCAAGGAUUUCUUUUUGUCCGUCAACCUUCCUUAUUCUGUGAGGAGAAACGAGCAGCUUCAGGUUAAAGCCGUUGUGUACAAUUACAAGCAGGAGAGUUUAAAGGUAAUAGUGAAGCUGAAUAAGGUGGAGGGUUUGUGCACUGCUGGAGGUAAUGAUGUAAAGGAGGAGGUCACAGUUUCUGGUAACUCAGCAGUGACUGUGUAUUUCACCGUGGUGCCCCUUAUUAUUGGAAACCUCCACAUUGAUGUUCUAGCCUAUGCUUCUGAAAUCAUCCAUGAUCGAGUCGAAAAGAAACUUCGUGUGGAGGGGGAAGGUGAAAUCACCUCUAUCGACAGAGAGUUCAACAUUGACCCAAACUGGAAAAAAAUGGAGAUUAACAUUUCAUCCCCUGUUGAUGAGGUCCCUGGUGGUUUAGACUCUGAAACCUCUUUCAGUUUUAAAGGUGGAGUGAUGGGCGAGUCAAUAGACAACUGUCUGAACCUGGAAGGUAUUGAUAAACUGAUUCAGCUGCCAACUGGCUGUGCAGAGCAGACAAUGGUGAAGAUGUCUCCUGCUAUUCAUGCCAUGAGCUAUCUGGAUGCUACCAACCAGUGGAUAACACUGAAAGCUGAACGCAGAGAUGAGGCCCAAUCAAUGAUCCAAACUGGUUACAACACAGUCCUCACAUACAAGAAAAAAGAUGGCUCUUAUGGAGCUUUCCUGAAAACUCCUAGCAGUAUUUGGCUUACUGCAUUUAUUGCUAAGGAGCUGACGGGGUCUCGAGGAAUUAUCAAUGUGAACGAAUUAUAUAUUCAGGAGGCCAUGACCUAUCUGGUCUCCAAACAGAAGAGCAAUGGGGCAUGGGAUGAUCCCAAUCCUCUGUAUGACCAAGGAAUGAAGGGAGGAGUAGGACAGGUGACAGAUGACGUUCCCCUCACUGCCUUUGUGCUUAUAUCAAUGAACCAUGCUUUGAAAGUGUACGAUCUGGGAAGUGAUACAGAACUGAGAGUAGCUAUGGAUGAAGCAAAGUCCUACCUAGAAGGUCAGCUGGAUGCUUUGAGGAGUCCCUAUUCACUUGCUAUUACAGCUUAUUCCUUGUCCUUGCAUGAUCAUCGAAGUGCAGAAGCUCGGAAAGCACAACGAAAGCUACAAGACAUUGCUAACUGUGAUGCCACAAAGUGUUUUUGGAAAGCCAAGGGUGGCAGAGGUGCAUCAGAAGACAAAGCUGAUGCUGGAUCAGUGGAGACCACAGCAUAUGCUCUGCUCACUGCCCUGAUUGUGGAUGACAAGAGCACGUCUAAACGCACUGCAAACUGGCUGACAGAGCAGCGCAAAUACGGUGGAGGAUUCCGCUCCACACAGGAUACAGUUUUGGCCCUUGAAGCUCUGACAAAGUACAGCAUACAGAACAAUGAUGUUGACGAUCUGAAUCUGAGAGUAGAAAUGUGCCGUGAAAAUGGCCGAAAAGAAGAUUUACACUUGACCAAAAGUAAUGCACUCACGACGACAGCUGUUAAGGUCAGAGAUGUUGGGAAAGUUACCCUAAACAUUCAGGGAACAGGACGUGGAACAUUAGCUGUUGUGCAGACAUACAGAACAAUGAAGAAGGAUGAAUCAUUCUGUGAUCUUUUUCACCUUAAUGUCACAGUGAAAGGAGAGCUGGAGUACAAAACUGACAAUAGUCAAGAUCUGCUUGAAGAUUAUUAUGAGAAUUAUGACACCAGUGAAGCUCAAAAUGAAGAGCCCAUGAGCAACAUGCAGUGGUUUGACCUCCGCAGUCGCAGAAAAAGACAAAUCUCUGAGGAGCCGAAAAAAGAGAGUUCUCUCAUAUACACAGUGUGUGUGGGCUUGAAAAAGAAGAACUCUGAGGGGAUGAUCAUAGUGGACAUUUCUCUUCUGAGUGGACUGAUACCAAACAGCAAAGACCUGGAACAUAAUGUAAAGGGCACAGAGAAGUACAUUGAUCACUACGAAAUUCACCACAACAAAGUCUAUCUUUAUUUUGCGAAGAUCACUGAAACAGAGGAGUGUCUUCAGUUUGGAGCUGAUCAGGCUGUUCCCAUGGGUCUCGUCCAGCCUGCUUCUGCUGUCAUUUAUGACUAUUACAGUCCAGAGAAGAGAUGUGGCAUUUUCUACACAGCGCCACAGAAGAGCCCCAUGAUCUCCAAACUGUGUCAAGGGGACGUGUGCACAUGUGCGGAAGGUGGUUGUGCGAAGCUGAAAGUCACCUUCAGCAAGGAUAUGAAAUCCAACACCAGGAGUGGUUUUGCUUGUUAUGAUCCUAGCGUUGACUAUGUUUAUGUGAUCAAAAUUCUCAGCUCUAGAACUGAUGAUGUUUUUAUGUACUACACCACGCUGAUCACUGAUGUUCUGCAGACUGGUAAGAUUGGUUUCGACUCAGAAAUUCAGAAAGGUGAAACUCGUCAGAUGAUCCAGCGUUUAUCAUGUGAGCUGGAGCUGAAAGACGAAGCCCAGUAUCUGCUCAUGGGCCAAGACAGGGCAAUCUCAGUGCAGAAUAACGACAGACAACAAACCAAAUACAUACUGAACAAUGACAUGUGGAUCGAGAAGAUACCGGAAGAGAAGAGGUGCAGGUCGACCACAAGCCGCUCAGCCUGCUUUCUCCUUACUGAAUUUAUAAAGCAGCAUCCCAUUAAAGGCUGCGACAUCUAGAAGACGCCAUGCAGAUAAGAAAUAACCACUCUGAACAUCCUUAUUUGGCUCUGUAAAUCAUGUGCUUUUAUUUCUAGUGCAUACUGACAUAUAAAGAGACUCUUACAGUUGUUUGGUACAUUGGAUAGUAAGCAUUUCAAUUCAGUUUUGCAUGUGUAUUGGCAAUACAGUAGAUUUACAUUACUCUUCAUUCUGUUAGAUAAAGGGAGAAAUUUAGCGAAAUGGAAUAAAAUUUCUGCAGAUUUC